UUAUGCUCUGUGUUGUGGCUGUGUAAAUGGAUUCAUGUGUGGAAUGCAAGGAUCAUUAUCCAGGAGUACCUGCUCUGCCAAACACUGAGAGCUCCCGGACAGACAGCCCGGACCAGGAACAGGCUGCUGCCAUCCCAGCCGCCUCUGUCUCCCUGCUCUGCCCAGCCAUGGCCAGGAGGAGCUCCCUCUUCAUUCGAAUUGUGGAAGGGAAGAACUUGCCAGUCAAGGACAUAUCGGGUAGCAGUGACCCAUACUGCAUUGUGAAGAUCAAUGAUGAAACAAUUAUCAGGACUGCAACUGUCUGGAAAACAUUGUCACCUUUUUGGGGUGAAGAAUAUAAAGUGCAUUUACCACCAAACUUCCACUCUGUGUCUUUCUAUGUCAUGGAUGAAGAUGCACUAAGUCGUGACGAUGUCAUCGGCAAGGUCUGCUUAACACGAAGCCUUCUGGCUGAACAUCCCAAAGGAUACAAUGGAUGGAUGAAUCUAACAGAAAUUGAUCCUGAUGAAGAAGUACAAGGAGAAAUCCACCUUAAAAUUGAAAUAUUUCGCACUGAUGUAUCUCAGAAAGUGCGCUGUACUGUAUUUGAAGCUAGGGACUUAGCACGAAAAGACAGGAACGGUGCAUCAGAUCCAUUUGUUAGAGUACAAUACAAUGGAAAAAUACAGGAGAGUUCAGUUGUGAAGAAGUCAUGUUACCCCCGCUGGAAUGAAACAUUUGAAUUUGACCUGGAUGAGUCUUGUACUGAGAAAUUAACCAUAGAGGUUUGGGACUGGGAUCUUGUCAGCAGGAAUGAUUUUUUGGGAAAGGUGGUGAUUAACUUAAAUGGACUUCAAACUGACUUACAAGAAGAAGGCUGGUUUAGACUGAGUCCUGGAAAAUCCAAAGUCAAUGUGGAUGAAGGAAACCUCGGUUCCUUGCAGCUCCAAGUGCGACUUCGCGAUGACACAGUAUUACCAUCCGACUACUACCAGCCUCUGGUCCAGUUACUUUGUCAAGAAGUUACAAAAUCUCACAAGGAAAAAGGAGGACAUUUAUUAGCGCUAAUAGAUGAGACUACGUCUGCUGAGUAUAGACAGGAAGUCGCUAACAAUCUUAUCAAACUGUUCCUAGGACAAGGGAUGGCAAAAGAAUUCCUGGACUUGCUCUUUAGACUUGAGCUGGACAAAACAAAUGAACCAAAUACAUUGUUUAGAAGUAACUCAUUGGCAUCCAAAUCGAUGGAAUCAUUUCUUAAGGUGGCGGGAACACAGUAUCUUCAUAAUGUUGUUGGUCCAACAAUUAAUCGAAUAUUUGAAGAGAAAAAAUAUGUUGAACUUGAUCCAAGCAAAGUAGAAAUUAAAGAAGCAGGGUGUUCUGGUUUACAUAGGAUCCAGACAGAAAGUGAACUCAUCCUGCAGAGUUCCCAGUUUCUCCAAUCAUACCUGACCGACCUUCUGAUAUCGAUAGCAAAGUCUGUUAAGUUGUGUCCUGCGACCAUACGAGGUACUUUCAGGCAGCUCUUCAAGCGAGUGGAAGAACACUUUCCAGAAAAUAAACACAUGAAUGUAAAGUUCAUUGCUGUUACCAGUUUCCUGUGUCUUCGCUUCUUUUCACCUGCCAUAAUGUCCCCAAAACUCUUUCAUCUAAGAGAAAAGCAUGCCGACGCUCGGACUAGCCGAACUUUGCUUCUUUUAGCCAAGGCUAUUCAGAAUGUAGGCAACAUGGAUGCUCCGGUAAGCAGAGCUAAGGAAUCUUGGAUGGCUCCUCUGCAGCCAACAAUCCAGCAAGGAGUUUCACAGCUGAAGGAGUUUAUUAUUAAACUUAUUGAUAUUGAGGAAAAGGAAGAGCUAGACUUGCAGAAGUCACUGUCCCUACAAAGCCUCACAGUGAAGGAAGGCCAGCUAAUGAUCUACAGAACUAAAUGCAAAGGUUAUCUGCUGGCAUCCUCCUUUAAGAAACUCUUUGUGUCAUUAACUGCUGAUGCAUUGAGCUUUGCAAAAACGCCAUAUUCCAAGAAAAGUUCCUUUAUUCCACUAUCAAGGAUCCGAGCUUUGGAAAAAGUAGAGGAGAAGAGCUUUGGAAACUCGAAUGUUAUGCAAAUAAUCCACGCAGAUGAAUCUGAUAACUUGGAGGCCUUAUAUUUGCAGUGUAAGUGUGUCAAUGAGCUAAACCAGUGGUUAUCUGCAUUAAGGAAAGUGUGCGUAAACAACACAAAUAUGCUAUGUUCUUAUCAUCCUGGGGUAUUCAAAGGAGAGAAAUGGAGUUGCUGCCACCAAAAGGAAAAAGGAGAUGCUGGCUGUGAUAAAACGCGCCAUGAAGUCACUUUACAAGAAUGGAAUGAUCUUCUGGAUCCAGAUCUAGAGGCACAGCUUAUUUUCAGGCACCUCCUUGGAAUGAGGGACUCCCUUAAAGCGAAACACCAGGAACUUACAAAGCAGAAUAUUGAUGAUCCUAUUUUCAGCACAGAACCUGAAAGGAAAGACAGCAUUACCCAGUUGUUCCAGAUUCUCCAAGAUCUCGAAGCCGCUCACAAUUCAUUUUUGGCAGAUUCUCCAAGUAUAGCAGAUCUUGAAAGAAAGUGCUUAGUGGAAUCCUAGAUUAAACUGAAGCACAUCUGUAGAAAAUGUAAUGUUCUGAUGACAAUGUUGAGUGUAAUAUUACUACUGCAAAUAUUUUAUUAGCAAAUAGCACCUUAAACUGCCAAACAUAUAUUGAACUUAUAAUUAAAAUAUUUAACCACAAAAGAUGUCUUUUUGUUAAAUGACUGGGUUGAAAUAGUCCAAUGGCUAAUUAUGAUAAAUAGUGACAAAUCUAUUUAAUUGGGUAAUUAGAUGUUUUAGAAGUCAGAACAGUCUUGCUGAAUAUCAUCCUUAGGAACUUUUGAAAUCUUCUCCUAGGGCAGUGAUGCUAACUUUGGCAUGAUAGCAGUUUAAGGAAUACAUUUACUAUGAUCCUCAGCAAGCAUCUUUGUAUGUCGGCAGUGCAGAUUAGCAACGGUAGUCAUCGGGUUUGGAGAGGAAGAAUACUACAUAUAUUUCAUUAUAAAACAUUUUUCAUGAAUGUGUAAUGUAUGCCAAAAAAUAUUUAUUUUUAAAUGAUGAGAACAUGUGGCUUUAUUCACAACUGCUUAAUUUUUUAAAAUUUACAUUAUAUUGAACUAUACAGGAUGCAACAACUAUAGAAAAUCAACAAAACAUAGUAAAACUGCAUUAGACAUACACAUUGUGAUAAUAAAUGGACAAAUAUGGA